AUGCAUUUGCAUUCUAAUGAUCUUUUUGACUUGAUGGACUGUUUCAGUAGUUUCUUAGCACAAAUAAAAUUGACAAUUAAGUUGAUUAUAUUCUGGCUGAAUGAACGAAAAUUCUUUGAGAUCUUGACAAUGAUGACAGAAGACUGGAACGAUUGCACUGGCAAUAAUAUCAAUAUACGCAAAACGGUGUGCAAAGCUAAAUUAUCGGAUCGUAUCACUAAUAUGAUGUUCACUCUUCAUACGUUAAGUAUUGUUGGAUAUAGUAUUGGCGUUCUCUUGGCUGAUGUCGACAUUACCGAGCAAUCCGAAUUACCUCUCCUCCUAAAGGUGGAGCUUCCUGUCAACAUAAACACAAAACGCGCGUAUAAAAUGCUCCUGAUCAUGCAAUUCGUGCAUCUCAUCCUGUGCAGCUGUGGAACAGGUAUAUUGAAUACCUUGCUUUUAACUUUGACUUUACAUGUAGGUGGUCAGAUAGAUAUUCUACGUUGCUGGUUAAAUGAACUUGUGCUACGAGAAAGUGAAGAAUGCAAGUCUGUCGCGAUCACGACAAGAAUUAUUCGCAAGCAUCAAAGAAUCAUUAUUUUUUCGGAAUACAUUGAGGAUUUAUAUACAUACGUCGCAUUAAUACAAUUUAUAAUGAACAGUAUCCUGAUUUGCUCUUUGGGAUUUCUUAUUGUAACGGCAAUUGACAGUACUGAUGCAACGGAACACAUUGUACGAUCUCUUUUAUUUUACACCGUGACGAAUCUCGAAGCAUUUAUAUUUUGUUACGCAGGAGAAUAUAUGAAAAAUAAAAGUAAAGCUGUCGGAAACGCGGCGUACAAUUCCGUCUGGUACGAAAUGAAACCUAAAAACAGCCGUAUUUUAAUAUUCGUGAUAUUAAGAGCGCAAAAGCAAUUGACACUUACAGUUGGAAAAAUAAUGGAUCUCUCCUUAGAAUCUUUUACUAGUAUCAUGAAAGCAUCAGGAUCAUAUUUGUCAGUAUUGCUGGCUAUGCAAUAA